GUACAUUUGGUGUAAUUUGGUGUAUUGAACUGUCUACUGUUUACGCUGUACACAGUGGGUAUAUUUAGAGUAGGGUGAUAAAGGUUGCACUCCAUGUGAUGGUGCAGGGUGUUUACCUAAUUCUAAUUGGACUUUACCUAAUUUUGAUAAGUCAUGCGGCUAGGGGGCAUGUACAGUGAGACUAAAACCCUAACUGACGUACAUUGACAGGAGGCCAUAUUUCACCGGUUAUGCGUGACUAUCUGUUUUUUUCUAUCUGUGCUGCAGUCUUUUUGCACUGGUAAGCAAACCGUGGAGUUAUGAAAUUGUAUACCUUGUCACUUUUCCAUAAAUAGGGGGUGCCCGCUGGUUCAGAUAAUUAAAGCUCUGGGUAUCAUUUUUUCACCGUUCGAAUCCAGCUCUCCCUGUGUACUAAUAAACCAGAUUGGCACUAAUAAACCAGACUGGCACUAAUAAACCAGACUGGCACUAAUAAACCAGACAGGCAUCAUAUGAUUUGAAAAAUCGAAUGAGUCAAACAGUUUCUCCAAACUGCUUCACAGGUUCAGAACAAAAUGAUUGCCUCCGUUUAUCAGGAAUAAAUAUUUACCAGUGACUUACAAAUAAUCCGUCAUAGCAGUCUUUGGUGGAUCAAGUUGACACUUAAUUUUAAAUAUUGUUUUAAAUUGUAGAGAUUCAGUGACGAUAUUUGUGAAUGUUUUGCAGAAUUGUACAAUUUUUGUAUGGUCUCCUGAUCAACUGUGUACAGGAAAAGAUCUUGUGGAUGCCAGUUUGACAUUGGACGGUUUCGUCCUCAGAAAUUCCCUCACCAUGUUGAAGUUGAUGACCGUCUUGGUCACAAUAGGAACGGUACAAGCAGGUUGUGAACUACCAAACAUUCCCAACACGGGAGAGCUUGAGAGUGACAGCAAACCUGAUCAAGAUGGCCGAUACCCUGAGUACAGCUCCCUGUUUAUCCGUUGUUUGCCGGGAUACGAGCUCUUGGGCACAGACAUGCUGUUUUGCCUCCGUGACAGUACAUGGGAUCCACUUCCUGGUGAUGUACAGUGUAAAGAAUCUGGAUUAAAGUGUGCGGAUGCUGACAUCCCUGUGGGUGGCUCUGUUUCUGGGGGCAGGGACGAGGGGGACAGAGCGAUAUACUCUUGUGACAACCACCUUAUAUUGGUGGGGAACGAGCAUAGAACAUGCCAAGGAGGAAAGUGGCAGGGGAACAUGCCUCAUUGCGACAGGGCCGUUCAGUGCGAGGACCCUGGGAUCAUAGCCAACAGCCAGAGGGUUGAUCAGAAGCUGUAUAACCUGACAAACUUCGGCCCCGGGGACACGAUCCAGUACCGCUGUAACCACGGGGAAGUCAGGCAGGCUGAUCUGCUUUGCCUGAAUAGGGGAGAGUGGAACCAACAGCCCCCGGUAUGCCCCGAGAAAAAAGCCUCUUCCCCAUGUGACGAACUGCAGCCAUACCAGAUGUGUCCUGACCCCGGGCCACCUCGUUACGGCUACCUGUUGAAGCAGGACACCGUCGUGGCGUGUUAUGGACGCUAUCCCCCCGGUCAAACCAUCAAGUUCCGCUGUAACGACGGGUUUCUGUUCGUGAACAAACAGCCCAUCAAUCGACUGACAUGUCUGAAAGGAGGGUCAUGGGACAGAGAUCUCCCCAUCUGCUACGAUCAGACAACCCUGUGCCCCGAUCCCGGAUCUAUCGCUCACGGUGAGCGCUCACCACCAGCCUUGGGCCUGGGCGUGUUGGAGGGAACUUCCAUCAAAUUUCAGUGCGAUUAUGGUUAUAAAGUGGACGAUCGAUUUGAUUGGUCAACAAUGCGUUGUCUAGACAGCGGGCGUUGGGAUGCGGACAAACCCACCUGUACAGAGUUAAUAUGUCCUCGACCUCCAAUCCCGGCGAAUGGCAGAGUUCUCACAAAAUAUGAGCGCAAAACGGAAUUCAAGGUCAACGAAUCUGUGACCUUUCUCUGCCAGGAAGGCUAUCAAUUGGAAGGCCCACAUGUCCUUACCUGUAUCCAAGACGUACUCGGAUGGGAUCAUCUGCCUCCGGUGUGCAAAGUCACAGAUCCAAUUGACAUACCCAUAUCCACAUACCCUUGGAUUAGGAAGCCCCGAGUGACAGAACCCACACCUCGUGAGUCCAUAAGACAGACCACCACCGACUCGGCACGCGGGUACCCUCGAUCUACAACACCAGGCGACUUGGGCACAUUUACAGCUACUCCUGACUCCCGGCACACGACAAAACUACCAAGCAAAUCAGACAACCGACCAUCACUGACAUGGACGGUUUCCAUAGCUACGCCUACCAUAUCAGAAAACGCACCUAACCAGCCACCGCUAAGAGUGACGCCUACAACACCGGCACCUACGAGAGCGACGCUUAUAACACGGUCGCCUAGGAAAGCGACGCCUACCGCACCGACACCUACGACGCCGGCGCAUACGACACCGACGCCUACGACACCAGCGCAUACGACGAGAGGUUCACAAACUACACCAAGACGAACUCAAAGACCGGCACCAAAACCAACACCAAAUCCUGCUAAAGGCGAAGGGCUGAAAGUCAUAACGACGGAGACAAAACCCGGUGGGGGAGAAGAUCUUGACCAUGGGAACCGAAAGCAGAAUCCUGUCUGUAACGAUCCGGGGUACGUCCGGAACGCCGAUCGGACCCCAGUUUUCGAUCAAGAUGAGUACAAGGGGUUCGAUGUCGGUAAAGUCAUCAAAGUGGUCUGCAAAGAAGGAUUUGCUUUUGAGGAGGAAUUUGCUGGUCUUAUAUAUUGCCGUGCCAGUGGCAAGUGGGACAAGUUGCCACGAUGUGUUUCGUCGUCUAACAGACUGUGUGUAGACCCAGGUAAGGUUGACAACGCCAUUAGAUCCCCUGAAUUUGUGGCAGCUGACGAUCUGUUUGCGGUUGGUGAGACUAUAGAUUUCAUCUGUAACCAUGGCUACUCAGCCGGGGCCUUCUACGAUCAAAUCAGCCUUACAUGCUUGGAGAACGGCUCGUGGGAUGGUGUGCUGCCGGUUUGCUCGGAAAUCAGAUGCCAGGCACCGGAUGUGCCUCUCCACUCUACCAUCUUGCCCGACAAUCAAUCGUCAUUUGCUGUGGACAGUUCGGUGACGUUCCAAUGUGAGCCGGGUUAUGAGCUGAGAGGUCCGGAAAGACUGACCUGUGAACACUACUCGGCCGAAUGGUCCGCUUGGGUGCCCGACUGUAAUGCCAUCGCCUGUCCCGAUCCAGGAUGGCCGGAGAACGGAAGGCGGAUCGGCAAUGACUUCCGGGAAGGUCAAUCGGUGAGAUUUCAGUGCCUUUCUGGGUAUGAGCUACGUGGUUCACCCAACCGAACUUGUCAGGGGACGCGGAAGUGGAGCGGGAAGCCUGCCGUCUGCGACAAGGGAGGAUCCCGCUGCCCUCCUCUUCCAGACGUUAUAGGUGGUACGAAAACUGGCCGGUUCUACGAUGCUGGGGACGUGGUACGCUAUUCCUGUGAGACUGACUUCUACCUAGUCGGUUCGCCAAGGAGGAAGUGCUUGUACAACGGAAUGUGGUCAGGCAGAGAUAGCCACUGUGAAUAUUUGUACAGUUACUCUGAUACUGGUGACGUGGAGAACGCUAUUCGUGAAGGCAUCGACGCCCUCGCAACGCUUACCACAUCCUCCACUACAGGGGCGGAGCUUAGAACCGGCAACUGUCAAAACAGGAUAACUUCCGGUGCUCUUGAUCUCUACCUUGUCCUUGACGUCUCCGGGAGCAUCAAAAAGAAAGAUUUGGAUUUCGCGAAAACAUUUGCCAAGGCAAUAGUUGAUAAGGUGGGUGUUUCGGAGACGGGCACUCGAGUGGCCCUCAUUGUCUUCGACACCAGAGUGCAAUCUCACCUAAAGAUCACAGACCCUGAUCGGAUGACACCAGAACGGGUGAAAGCCCAGAUCGAAAGCAUUCCACAUUACGGACGAGGCACUGCUACAGCCAGUGCAUUGCGGUACAUCCGUGACCGUCUGUUGGACAAGGCAACUGGGCGUCAGACAAGGACGUACGCUAGGAAUGCCCUUAUUCUUAUCACAGACGGGAGACAUAACACAGGAGGGGAUCCGGUCCCGGUGGCGGAAGAUCUGAAGAUGUCCCCGUUUGACAUGGACAUCUACUGCCUGGCCAUCGGCCAUAACGUCAACAAGAGGUCAGUACACCAGAUUGCUUCUUCGCCGGACAAAUUCUGGUACUUGAGACGUUCUGAAGAUAUUGGCCCAGUGACGGAACAUUUGCUGUCCACAUCUGAAACCAGAUACGAACAAUGCGGUGUAGGCGGUGUGGUCGAUAUACCAGAGACUGUCCGUAAGGGAGGCGGGUUUCCAGUGAAGGACAUCCGGCACUGGCCUUGGGUCGCUACAAUCCACCUUAAAACAGCCCCCACACAUCUGCUCUGAUGACACUCUACAGUUUGUGUGUGGUGCCACUUUAAUACACAGACAAUGGCUCUUAACCGCUCGAAGUUGUUUUACCAAGGGUAAAGUUUCCGCAGAUCUUCUCUUGGGCUCAAGAUAGGUACGUAUUGUUUGCAUUCACU